UUGCUCUGUCCCCCAGGCUGGAGUGCAGUGGUGCGAUCUCGGCUCACUGCAAGCUCCGCCUCCCGGGUUCACGCCAUUCUCCGGCCUCAGCCUCCCGAGUAGCUGGGACUACAGGCGCCCACCUCCAUGCCUGGCUAAUUUUUUGUACUUUUAGUAGAGACAGGGUUUCACCGUGUUAACCAGCAUAGUCUCUAUUUCCUGACCGUGUGAUCUGCCCACCUCAGUGUCCCAAAGUGCUGGGAUUACAGGCGUGAGCCACCGCACCCAGCCCAGAAGGGGGUGGACCUUUUUAUGUCAGGACCUCAGCAUGGAUACCUAUUUGUCUACCUACUUGUUGCUGAUGGCAAUUGACCAGUGGGCCCAUGAAGAGACAAAGGCACCAGUGGACAUGGUUUCAACUCUAUGUUGGGGACCUUGGGAGGAGGAUGGGCAAGUGUGGGUGUGUGGGAGAGGUGGGUUGUGGUACCUCAGCAGAGGGGCUGUUUGUGGUUUCAUCUGUCACUAUCAUAGCAGGGCACUGUGACCUUUGAAGAUGUGGCUGUGAACUUUUCCCAGGAGGAAUGGAGUCUUCUUAGUGAGGCUCAGAGGUGCUUGUACCGUGAUGUGAUGCUAGAGAACCUGGCUCUCAUAUCCUCGCUGGGUUGUUGGUGUGGAUCAAAAGAUGAGGAGGCACCAUGUAAGCAGAUAAUUUCUGUACAAAGAGAGUCUCAGAGCAGGACUCCCAGGGCAGUUAUUUCUCCUAAGAAGGCUCACCCCUGUGAAAUGUGUGGCCUCAUCUUAGGGGAUGUUUUUCACUUUGCUGACCACCAGGAAACUCAUCACAAGCAGAAGCUGAACAGGAGUGGAGCAUGUGGAAAAAACUUGGAUGACACUGCAAACCUUCAUCAGCGCCAGAAGCAGCAUAUUGGAGAGAAAUCCUACAGAAAGAGUGUCAGAGAAGCAUUGUUUUUAAAGAAACCUAAGUGCAGGGUGUCACAGGAGCCAUUUGUCCUCCGCGAGUUUGGGAAGGACGUUCUGCCCAGUUCAGGAUUAUGCCAAGAAGAAGCUGCUUACCCUGUAGAGAAGACAGACAGUGAAACUACACAUGGCCCACCCUUUCAGGAGGGAAAAUCUAAUUACAGGUGUGGAAAACGAACAAAAGCAUUCAGCACCAAGCACUCAGUUAUUCCACACCAGAAACUUUUCUCUAGAGAUGGAUGUUAUAUGUGCAGUGAUUGUGGAAAAUCCUUUAGCAGAUAUGUCAGCUUCAGUAAUCAUCAGCGAGAUCACACUGGAAAAGGACCUUAUGAGUGUGGAGAGUGUGGGAAAUCUUAUAGUCAAAAGAGCAGCCUCAUUCGACAUCAGCGAGUUCACACUGGAAAGACAGCUUAUCCCUGUGAAGAAUGUGGGAAAUCUUUUAGUCAGAAGGGCAGCCUUAUUAGCCAUCAGCGUGUUCACACUGGAGAAGGGCCUUAUGAGUGUGGAGAAUGCGGGAAAUCUUUUGAUCAAAAGGGUAACCUCAUUCAACAUCAACGAGGUCACACUGGAGAGAGAGCUUAUCACUGUGGGGAAUGUGGGAAAUCUUUUCGUCAGAAGUUUUGCCUUAUUAACCAUCAGCGUGUUCACACUGGAGAAAGGCCUUACAAGUGUGGAGAAUGUGGGAAAUCUUUUGGUCAAAAGGGCAACCUCGUUCACCAUCAGCGAGGUCACACUGGAGAAAGGCCCUAUGAGUGCAGGGAAUGUGGGAAAUCAUUUAGGUACAGAUCUCACCUCACUGAACACCAGAGACUUCACACUGGGGAAAGACCUUACAAUUGUAGGGAAUGUGGGAAAUUAUUUAACAGGAAGUAUCAUCUUCUUGUUCAUGAGAGAGUUCACACUGGAGAAAGGCCAUAUGCAUGUGAGGUAUGUGGGAAAUUAUUUGGUAAUAAGCACAGCGUGACUAUACAUCAGAGGAUUCACACUGGAGAAAGGCCAUAUGAAUGCAGUGAAUGUGGGAAAUCAUUUCUUUCCAGCUCUGCACUUCAUGUUCAUAAAAGAGUUCAUUCUGGACAAAAGCCUUAUAAGUGCAGUGAAUGUGGAAAAUCCUUUUCUGAAUGUUCCAGUCUCAUUAAACACAGGAGAAUUCAUACUGGAGAAAGGCCUUAUGAAUGCACCAAAUGUGGAAAAACAUUUCAGCGAAGCUCUACCCUCCUUCAUCAUCAGAGUUCACACAGGAGAAAGGCCUUAUGAGUGCAGUGAACAUGGGAAAUCCUUUGCUGAAGCAUCCAGACUCAUUAAACACAGGAGAGUUCAUACUGGAGAAAGGCCUCAUGACUGCUGUCAACGUGGAAAACAUCAGAAUGUCUGCUCUCCUUGGUUUUAAGAGACUUCGCGUUGAGAUGGAGUCUCGUUCUGUCACCCAGGCUGGAGUGCAGUGGUGCAGUCUUGGCUCACUGCAACUUGGGCCUCCCAGGUUCAUGCGAUCCUCCUACCUCAGCCUCCCGAGUAGCUGGGAUUAUGAGUACACACCACCACGCCCAGCUAAUUUUUGUAUUUUUAGUGGAGAUGGGGUUUUACCAUGUUGGCCAGGCUGGUCUCGAACUCCUGACCUCAAGUGAUCCACCCACCUUGGCUCCCAAAGUGUUGAAAUUACAGGCAUGAGACUCUUCACCCGGCCUUCAUUCUUUUCAUAUUGCUUAGAAUAUGACAUGUUGAACAAGGCAUGGUGGCUCAUGCUUGUAAACCUGAUGCUUUGGGAGGACAAGGUGGUUCAUUUGAGGC